CCCGAGGUCAAGGUGGGAGAUUCGGCAGUAAAUUGCGAGAUGGGAGGCAGCAGCCUGACAGACACCGGUGUUGUUCCUGAGAGGACCUGGAUGUGAGCAGCUCUACCGGGAAAGGCCUGAGCAUGUCCACUGGAGCCACGCCAUGACUUCCCUCAACGAGUCAACCUCCCCUCCCUCCUUCCCUCUCUCUUCCUUUGAGCACAAUGUCUCCCAAUUUAUCACCAACGACCCUUCCUACUCCCCCAUUCCCUUCUCCACUUCCUCCUCGCUGUCGUCGUCUAACUGCACCAUGUCUCCGUCGGCCUCCUCUCCUCCCUAUAACUUCUACGCCGUGCUGCUGGUGCUCCUGAUCUUCUGCGUGGUGUUCGGGAACGUGCUGGUGUGCGUGGCGGUGUCGCGGGAGCGCGCUCUGCAGACCACCACCAACUACCUCAUUGUCUCGCUGGCCGUGUCCGACAUGCUGCUGGCCACGCUGGUCAUGCCCUGGGGCGUCUACCUGGAGGUGGUGGGAGAGUGGCGCUUCAGUCUGAUCCACUGCGACAUCCUGCUCACGCUGGACGUCAUGAUGUGCACGGCCAGCAUCCUCAACCUCUGUGCCAUCAGCAUCGACAGAUACACAGCAGUGGCCAUGCCGAUGCUCUACAACACCAGAUACAGCUCCAGGAGGAGGGUGGCGGUGAUGAUUGGUGUGGUUUGGUUCCUCUCUUUUGCAAUCUCCUGCCCUUUGCUGUUUGGACUAAACAACACAGCCAACAGAGAAGGCACCUCGUGCAGCUUUGCCGACCCGGCCUUCGUGGUGUACUCCUCCGUGGCCUCCUUCUACGUCCCCUUCAUCGUGACGCUGCUGGUGUAUGUGCAGAUCUGCGUGGUGCUGCGCAAGCGAGGCAGACGCACCGCCCCCCGGCGCAGACACGGCCUCUCACACAGGGGGGGGGGGGCUGAGGCCGGAGACAGUCAGCGGCACAGGAAGAACAAGUGCACUCAGCCAGAGGAUGUGAAGUUGUGCACUCUGAUCCUGAGGCCGGACACCGCAGGCCCGCAGCGCAAGAAAGUGACCCUGGUGAAGGAGGCGAUGGUCCACCCCCUGGAGGUGGAGCCGGGUCGGUUUCUCCCUCAGACGGAGCAGAGCCUGGCUCCUCCCCCCGCUCCCCAAUCUUCCUCCCACUCGGGCCGGGCCAGGAUCUCCCUGGCCAUCUCAGUCGGACCCGCCCCGGUCCUUCCCUCCACCGUGACCCGAUCGGCCCUCAUGCCUCGACCCCCCACCCUGGAGGACGGCAUGAGGGGCCGUGAGGGGUGGAGGGAGCGCAGCAGAGCGAGAGAUAAAUGGGGGAUCACCAAGGAGAGGGUGCGGGGGAGGCUGUCCCAGCAGAAGGAGCGGAAGGCCACGCAGAUGCUCGCUAUCGUGCUAGGCGUGUUCAUCAUCUGCUGGCUGCCGUUCUUCCUGACCCACGUGCUGAAGGCGCACUGCAGGAGCUGCUGUAUCUCGCCCUCACUGUACAGCGCCGUCACCUGGCUGGGAUACCUCAACAGCGCCGUCAACCCCGUCAUCUACACCACCUUCAACAUCGAGUUCCGCAAAGCCUUCAUCAAGAUCCUGCACUGCUGAGAGCUGGAGAGAUGCAGAGCGCCAACUGUCAAGAUAAAAAAAACACAAACGCCUGACUUUGGUUUGAGAUCAGAGGUGAGAAAGACCAGGAGACAGAAAGAGGGAGUCCUCGGUGUUGAUACACAGGGAGGGGCGGGGGAGACACAAUGAUUUGGACGACUGAUGAGCAAGCUUCCUGGGAAAUGAUAGACGAGACAUGUGUAAGAGAAGACUGAAAAAGGACAGAAACAUGGCACGGGGGGAAUAAAAACAGGCAGAGCAUGAUCAUAAAAAGAGAGUGUCUGUCAGGUGAGAGAACACACAGCGUGGGAUAUUUAUGGAAAAGUAGACAUACACUGUGUACAUAUUGUCUGAAUAUGUGAGGAGUCUGAGGACGGAUCCCCCCACAGACUCAAAGACUCCGAGACGUGACUGUCGUUCCAAUACUUGAUUUGUUUCAGACUUUCGCUGUGCUUUCUUGUAAUCUUGACAAAAGGCAUCUUGUUAUUUGCUUGCAUGUGCUCGUCUUUCUCGGAGGACUGGAACAAGUCGAUGCAAAGAAAAGAAACUACGACCAUUAAAAGUUUUUUUUUUUUAA